AUGGCCUAUGCGGAUGAAAUUAAAUUGGAUAUAAAAUUUUAUGAUCAAGUUUGGUCAUCAAUGGAUUUAAAUCCAGAUCGUUUGACAAAUGAAAUAAAUAAAAUGUUCAUUUACAAUGAAACCGAAACAAAACGACACAAUUAUUCAGACAAUUAUUUCGAUUAUGAUAAACAGUAUGUACAAUCGUCAGGAAUUAGUGGAAGUGCAGGUUUGAAUAUUUUUGGUGUUACGCUUGGUGGAUCUGGUUCAACGUCAAGUUCAUCUGGAAAUCAGCUUUCAACAACGACACAGUCGAUAUUUUCUGCCACCGAAAUUCAACACAUAAUAUCCCAAGAACAAAUCGAUAUUCAAUGGUCAGGCGAAAAAUUCAUUCCAAAAUCAUUUAGUGUUUACAAAAUGACUGACCUAACUGAUCAUUUGCAAACGGCAAUUAUUGCAAAACAAUUGAUUGCCGACAAAGCCAAUGGUGCAAUUAUUCGAACUGUGAAUGCAAUAAAACUUCCAGUUGUUUCGUUGAAUUCUCGAACAAUGACAUUUACCGGCGAAAUAAAACUGUAUACAGGCAAUGUUACAUCGAUACCAAAAUUGUGGUUGUUAUGCGAUGGAACUUCGCUAUCUCGCAUUGAAUAUCAGAGACUAUUUUCGGUUAUUGGGACAACCUAUGGCGCCGGCGACGGUUCGACGAAAUUCAAUCUGCCCGAUUUUCGUGGUAGAUUUCCAAUGGGCGUUGAUGAAUUAAAAAUUCGUGUCAAUGAGGCAACUCACUUAGGGCAGGCAGGUGGAAAAGCAAUGCACCAGCUGUCAGUUGCCGAAUUGCCUGCUCAUAAACAUGAUAAAGGGACGUUGGCGAUUUCUGCAAAUGGUGCACAUUCGCACACCUAUCGGGAUCCCGGACACAAUCAUGGUGGUCAGACGGGUGAUUCAGCUCCCCAGGAUGGUGGAGGUCGCGGUACAGUCAGUGGAGGAGGUAUACAUGACCGUGGACGUCACGUACACACAAUCGCUAUAGACAAGACGAGCAUUUCAAUUGAUAUGGCUGGCAGUCAUAUCCAUGACAUUAUCGGAGAAAUGAGCUCAGUUGGAUUGGGACAACAAUUUCAACUAAUCAGUCCUUUUCAAACGUGCAAUUAUAUUAUUUAUACUGGAUAA